AUGCCAGGAGGUGUGCCCAAGCUCCCAAAGAUCCAACCGGCGGAUAUCCAAGCCGCCGUAGGAUGGGGUGUCGCCGCCGCAGCCGGCGCCAUCUGGGUCGUCCAAACUUGUUCAAACUACUUGCUUGUUUAUGUUCUGUUCCUUAUUCUCCUGGAUAACCAUACAGGAAAAGAAAAGGCUCAAGAAUCUGGUAGCAAAGUUACUUCUAUCAUCUGCAAAGUUCUUUUCUUUGAGCAACUACGUCUCCUCCAAAAGUCUCUGGACUGGCCAGAGAUCUUCAGAGAUGCCAGGCCAGUUCCAGCUGAUGAAAUCUCUCAAAUACCUAUGGCACAGCAAGACGUUGACGGUGAAAUAGACUCGAGUGAUGACGGCAUGCCCCCUCCCCCAUUGGAAGCAUACACAAACAGAUUGAGACCAUUUGGAGUACAAUUUGAUGCAGAAGCGGAUUCUGAUUCUUAGAAACCUAUAGUUUCUGAGAUGUAUCUUAUUAAACAAUAUGUAACCAACACACAGCUGCUGAAAAACAGCAAUGUUUUGAUAUGCAAUGAAUUGAUUGUUGAUUUA